ACAAAAACGACAGUUUAAAACCAAUCCCAGAAAAAAUUGGAAACGCAGAAAAGCCUUCAAACACAAAUAUGAAGGCUUUACAGACCGAUUUCGGCCUGACCGUCUGUCUUCGAGUGGUUUACACCAAGGACAUCUAUACGGAUUCGAUCCAGGUCACAGGUCCACCUGUAGAUCAGUUUGAAGUAGUGUCGACGUAUUUUGGACCAUCUGAUCCACGUCGUGUAGAAACAUCUGGAAUACAAAAUUUCGAAGGAUAUUCCACGAGAAUCAUAUCAGAUCCAUUACUGAGUAAUGAACCAUUGUUUGAAGAUCGAGGAAGACCUAGUUCAACAGAGAUAUUAGAUGAGCAAUUCGAAACACCGUCUUGGUAUUACGGACCGCGUAUUUCCAAUGGAUUCGAACCGUCGUCAGUGGAUGAAGAGCAUAUUAAGAAUCAGGAUACAUUACCUAUAAGAGCUGUUCGUUUUGGGAAUAUUGACAUAAUACCAGACGCCAGGUCAUUCAACAAAGAUAUUCAGCCUGAUGCAAAACUGGACGAUUAUACUAAUAUGCAUAUAACUGAAUUUGCAAUGUUACCUCAAUCGACGAUACAUGAAAAUGAUGAGAGAAAAGAUUUUUCUGGAUAUUCCAACUUUGAUGUGAUGAUGCCACACACAAAUGCCGACACUGAACAACUUAUUGCCACUGACAAAUAUCAGAAAAGAACACCCGUGUAUGGGUUUUCUAAUGAAAUAUUCCAAAAUUAUCAGCAGACCCCAAUACUUCGUCUACAAGAAAAUGAGUCACAGAAUCAGUUUUACUUCGCGUACGACGAAAGUCGGACACAAGACCAUCCCUUGCCCACUACUGACGAAGCGUUGUACAUUGCCGAUGACUACGAUCCUAAAGUGGACAAAAGUACAACAAACGUAAAUAACGGUUUACCCAAUAUGGAACCCCUGUACGCCCACCACUCGCAAGAUCGCCAGUAUCAGGUCGGUGAAGGUCGGAUGUGGGGAGGAGGCCUCAAUAAUUCACAGCUAUUUGGCCUAGGUGGUAGUACCAAUGACCACUCUCAAACACAUAGUACCAAUGACAACUCCCUAACACAGCCUUCGUACAUAUAUCUGUCUGGUGUGUCGAACAAUAGCUUUACUGAGGAUGGUGAUCUGUCGCUCGACUCAAGGGGACAAACUAACUAUGAUAGACAAAUUGGAACGAAGAGAUCAAACGGACAUGUUCAGAACUACGAUAACAACAUUACAAUGUCUGAAAUGUCUAGUACCCAGCAGUCGAGACUAGAUAAACAUCCAGUAGACUACACAGAAAUACAACAUUCGGGACAACCGAUUAGGCCAAGUCGUCAACCAGUACAGAUUAUAGGCCUUGGACACGAUUAUGAAAUAGUGGAAACUAGAUUCCCAUCAUAUGAUCUCGGAUAUCCGCUUGACAACCAUGGAACUAAUCCCCCUAUUGUGAUUUCCCAUGUUCCACAAGAGCAGCCUAAUAAUCCGUAUAUGCCAGUUCAGGAUUUGUCUACACACAACUUAAGAAUUGAGGGCGUUGAAGAAAAUGAAUCAAGUACAGAGGCUGGCCCAGUGAUUGGUCAAGAUCAGCUGACCGACAGACAGCACAAGAGUAAUUCAGGCCGCUACAGCCAGUAUUUGACCAGUUCUAAAAUCCAACAGUCACAGACCAACAGACACCCACAGUUCCAUACAAAUAUGGAGGUGUUUGCUGGACAGUUUGAAAAUGUAGCCAAGAUGAGUCGUCUUGCUCCUUCCUCUGGGGGGAGCAAGUCAGAGAAAGCCCCACCCCCUGUGAAGGUUCGUCCAGUGUACUACAGCCCUGGACCUGACGCUCCGACGUACAGGCACAGUGAGUCAGACUCCAGGUCAGACGCUAGCACCCCUCGACCACCACGACCACGAGGGGACAGACCAAUGUCAGGCAGGGAGGGGCAAAGAGUGUUUUACAGGGCACCAUUCACCGGUGAGCCCCCUGGUAAGGUGGACGAACACUCCAUAGAAGAUAAAGCAGGACUGGAAAAGUGGAGAAACAAACAACGACAGCGGGAAUUCAAACAGAAGCUGUCAAAGGAGGAGAUGGAUGAUGACAGGAAGGAAAACCGACGAAGACGGAUCCUGACUCGACGACAGAGAGACCAACUCUAUCGUGGGUACAAUGAUGACUUGUACGAUGCUUAUUCUGACAUAGAGGCAAGAUAUGGCUACAGACACUACGCCUCAUCUCGGAGUGGAUACUCAACACCAGGUGGCAGUUGUCAUUCUGAGGGAAGCAGUUACUCUAGGGGAUUAAUGGAUGAAAGAAAUCUUGGACGUAGUAUGAGGGCAGCUCCCCGUCAUGUCCGGCCAGCCAGGACAAGUUCACGACCAGCCUCCGCCUCGAAGGAUAAGGACCUCAUAGAAAUGCUUAAUAGACAACAGCAUAUGAUGCUUCAACAACGAGAACAACGACAUCGAUUCCUGGAAGAACAGAAAAUCAAACAACAUGCUCAGCAGGUGGUAAAUCGAGCUCUUCUCCACGACAGCUUUGAUGAACGUAAACUAGAUAAUAAGGACACAAAAGAAAUGAAACAAUUACUUAACGAUGCAUUCCCAUUGGCUGGAAAUACACACAAACAUUUAUUAUCAUCCAAUGGGAUUGCAGAUGAGGAGAGAAAGUCUGCUGGGGGAGACGUUACCCCUACUAAUUAUGCGUAUCAGUCGCAGAUGGACGAUGUAUCUAGUAAGGACAAGUCUGAUUCAAACACACCCACAUCAGCACUCAACCAAUUAAUGACUGAGGGGCGGGUCUCUCAUCAAUCAUCACGGAAAAACAGUUCUCAGGCCGACAAUGGAGAUUUCUUUGAUACAGGUAGAAAAGACUUCCCUGAGGAUGAUGCUGAAAAGGCACAGGUCAACGAGGAAAAGGUUCAACAGGAAAGUGAAGGGAAAUAUAUGCAAGCCAUACGUGAUGAGCUCCAACGUUUGAAUACCUCAUAGGAAAGCUAGCCAAUGUUGAAAUGUGAUAAGUGGAAAAUUCAAAAAGAUGGCUGUUAAUGUCAUACCAAUUUGUCUUGUCCCAUUUCUAUUUUCUGUCUCCAAAUUACAUCCCAAGUACUAAUCUGGUGUUCUAAUCAUUUGUUUUGUAUAACUGUAAAACCAGUAUAGUCUAUUGCCACAGAUUUUUUUUUAUUAUUGUGAAUAGCCAAAUAACUGUUUCUGUUUAUUUUAUAAAAGAAAGGAAAAACUCUGACAAGUGUGAAAAGUGUUGAUGAGAGUCAUGACGUAUCCUAAUGAACUUAAUGAGAAAGCUAUAUAUACAUAGCUUUUCAAUGAUUGAAGAGUUGGUUAUGAUGGCAAUGGAAGAAACUGUCACACCUUAGAAAUACCUUGCUCAACGAAUGGACAUGAUUGUGAAUGUAUGAACAGUUUGGUGUAUCCAUAAUCCACCUUAUUAAACAGUGCACAUUGAGAAUAAUGCCAAUGUGUGAUCCUACUCCCGGACAGAAUGUGGAAUAUUGUGCUCCACCUCCCAGACAGAAUGUGGAAUGGUGUAAUCCACGUUCCCACACAAAACGGAAUGGUGUAAUCCACCCUCCCACACAAAGCGGAAUGGUGUAAUCCACCUUCACACACAAAACGGAAUGGUGUAAUCCACCCUCCCACACAAUGUGGAAUGGUGUAAUCCAUCUUCCCACACAAAGCGGAAUGGUGUAAUCCACCUUCCCACACAAUGUAGAAUGGUGUAAUCCACCGUCCCACAGUUCAAAUGAAUUCCACAUUCACCAGUGUCACCUGAUAGAGUGGUGUAGGUAUCAAGGGUGACUUAUUAGGGGUCUCUGAUCCAUGUUUUUCUGUGAUAUUUGUGUGUAAUUUAUCUCCGUGUGUAGAUGUGUAUGUGUGUGUGUUAAUUAACUGUGCAGGAAACAUGCAUAUUUAAAUAUUCGAAACUGUCUCAUAAACUGUUAGAAAGAUAUGACCUUGUAUGUUAAAAUAGUAAAAUCAUUUAACCGACAUAUUGUUACAAACAUUGCACGUAAAAAUCUCUAUAUUAAUAUACAUGUAUUAGGUUUACUUGAAAGAACAUCUUAACUUAUUGUAUCUGUUGACUGAUCAUGUUAUUUUCCUUCACUUUUGUUUUACUUGUAAAUUGUGGAGAUUCUAUAACAUCAGGUGUUUUUUUUUACCUGUAUUCAUUUACUUAAUUUGCAGUAUUUGUAGUUUUUAUCAAUUUGUCUACGAGGCUUAUUUUAAUGUAUCCAUCAGUUUCUGUAUUAGUGCUAUUAAAAUUCCAUGGUAACAAGUUGAUUCCAACCAGAAGUGUGCAGAUACAAGCUUCUAAAUGUUAUGGACAUUCAUGAAUGGCAUGUCUUCAAAACUCUUACCGUGGUCAACUAUUCUGCAAUCAAAUGAGAUUUUCUCCUGUUGAAUAUUCAUUAGAUAGAUGUUUUGUACUGUAGAAUUUUAUAACUUGUAUAUAAUCAGAAUAUUUUUUUAUUAAUUGAUUAACUCCAAAAUGGCGUGUUUACCAUAAAAUAACAUUAGAUAAAGUGAUUUGCAUACACCAUACCCAAAUUACAGUCUCGUAUUGUUGAUCACAGUUGAUGUCAAUCUAUAAAUUGUCUUAUGCAACAGUACAACUUGUGUAAGUAUCGUCCUCUGAGAGUUAUCUCCCCUUCAAUAUCUAAAUUAGUGUGAUUCACAUUUCAAAUGUAUUCCAAUUAUGAAAACUGAGGAAGUGAUGGUGAUAUUGUUUCUUAUAGUCAAGAGAACUCUUUUGCAAUUAGAGUUAUACAAGUAGUGUUUACAUUUAAAUGUGUUGAAUAGGGGCUAGAUGUUAAUUGAUUUCUAUUUACUCAUGUAUAAAGCAGCUGUAUGAUCUGUUUAUAAACUCUGUUAGUUCAGCUUACUAAACUUUUGUCAGCAGUUUUACUGGUAUAGCAAGAUCAUCAUAUUAUUAUGUUUCAGUAAAUAGUUUGAUAGAAUUAAGAUUGUAUGGUAAAGGGUGAAGGUAUCAUACUCCUGUAAGAUUGAUGUAUACAUUAAGUGUAUAUAUAUACCACUACAAAGAAAAUUCAAUUUUAUACAUUGUAAAACUCUUUCUCAUACUGCUUAAACAUUUAUUGAAAUUUCACUAAUUGAAUACUGCAUUAAUUAGUAUUGCUUUAAAGCAAAAUUCCUAUCCUUUAGAUAUUCUCCAAUGAUACUCCAGCUUUUAAAAUGGUUCUUGAUAUAGGAUCAAGGUAUCAAAGAAAAAAAUUGUCACAUCAAUGAAUUUGUAAAUUUUUUGUUCACAUCAUUGACUAAAUAAACAGAACAGCUCAGAACUGCCCAACUUCAUUACAGGUGUAACAAUGGGCUGUACAGAUUCAUGUCCAUGUCUCUGGUCUCAAUACAAUAUAUAGUUACACUGUAAUGUCCCUACAAAGAAAGCAUUGACCUUGAUAAAAUUCCUCACAAACUUCCUAGAGCUGGAUCUGCUUGCUAAGUGUACAAGAUUUAAGGGACCAAAAUCGGAUCUUCACAUAGUACACAGUACAAUAGUCCAGUUAUUUUUACUGGUUUAUAAAGUUUGGUUUAAAGAGAAGGAAGAGUGAUGGUAGUCAGUUUGCAGGUGAAGCUUUAAACCAAGUCAUAAUCUUAUAGUAUGUAAUGUACUUAUCAAUGGUAGCUGAAGCUACUGGUACGAAUAACAUCAUGAAUUCUGUCUCAUCGUCAGUUAUAUCCAGAUUUUGCACACUGUUCCUUCUGCAUAGAUUUUACAAUAAAAAGCUUCUCAAAGAU